AAUAGUUAUUUUUUUGCAAACAAAUUAAAUAAAAAUAUAAAAUUUAUCACGACAAUCGAUGAGCCGAUUUAAUUUUUCGAAUGAUCGAUUCUAGCGCCACCUUUAAACAUAACCUAUCUAUGACUUAUAAAAAUCAAAAUCAUUCAAACGUCUACCGUGUAUAAGUUCACCAAGGUAAAAGUCAAAAUCAAAACAAAAGUUAAAAUAAAAGUAAAACUACUGUAUUUAUUACCAGACACAUAAUUUAUAUUUUGUUGGCAUUUAUAGUAUAAAGCGAUAAAAGACUAUAAAAUGGUUGAUAGUCUACAGGAAGAAUGGGAUGAAUUGAAUUCUGAUUUUAAGCAACUAGAGGUAGACAACAAGGCAUAUUUACAACAAUUAAAUGAACUUACUACCAUUCAGAAAAAAUGUCUGAAUCAAAUAACACAUCAAAGAUAUCGUAUUGGGGUAAUUUCAAAGUCAUUGAGAGACUUGAAAAAGAAGGGAUGCGACCCCAAAGUGAUCGAAGAGUUGAAAAGUAAUAUUAUGAAGAGGAAAGCGCACUUGUACGAUAUCGAACAGACGUUACCAAAACAAAAUGGCGUUUAUUUAAAAAUUAUUUUAGGAAAUGUAAAUGUUUCUAUACUGGAUAGGGAAGAAAAGUUUAAAUACAAAGAUGAAUACGAAAAAUUCAAACUGAUUUUGAGUAUAAUAGGCAUAGUAAUGGCGGCGUUAAAUUUCGCAGUCAGGUUUAGGCCGCUCGAACUUAGUUAUAUUUUUCUACUAGUUUGGUACUAUUGCACUUUAACUAUUCGAGAGAGCAUACUUAAGGUAAACGGGUCUCGAAUAAAAGGCUGGUGGAGACUGCAUCAUUUUCUGUCGACCGUUGCGGCUGGAAUUUUACUAAUUUGGCCAGACAACGAUACUUGGUCGCUGUUCAGGAACCAAUUCAUGGUUUUCAAUAUUUAUAUAAGUUUAGUACAAUAUCUGCAGUUCAGAUACCAAAGAGGCGUCCUCUACCGACUGAAAGCUCUCGGCGAAAGGCACAACAUGGACAUCACCAUCGAAGGGUUCCACUCUUGGAUGUGGCGAGGUCUCAGUUUCCUGUUACCGUUUCUAUUUUUAGGUUACGUUUUCCAAUUCUACAACGCGUAUACGCUGUGGACGUUGAGCUACAAUACGACUACCACUUGGCACGUACCUGUACUAAGCUUGAUGUUCUUCACUUUGUUCGUCGGUAAUACAUUAACCACCAUUUCGGUUAUACCGUCGAAGUUUCAAGAAAAAGUCAAGUUGCAGUACAGAGUGAUGAGCUCCAGACUGAGCGCCCAAUUGUUGAAUAGAGAGGUAAAGACUGACGAUACGGACAGUAAUAAACAAGAAUAAUAAAAAAGUGAGGGUGCGUUAAUUUUUUAGGUAUCAUUAAAUGUGAUUAGAUAGAAUCUAUUUUAUAUAUAUUGUUUGUUUGUUAGUUGUUUUUAAUUUAAAUACCUUCUUUUCUCGAAUGGUUGUCAUAGAUCUUUUUUUAAUUUAAUAUUUAAUUUAAUUGUAUUUAAUAUAUUUGGUCAGUGGAACUGAAAAAAGCAUGAAAUAAAAUGUCGAGAAUA